CAUUCAUCAUGAGUUUGUGAUUCAGAAUUGAAAAACUCUACAAGAACCAUGAUGGACCGCGAGGAUUGCAAGCAUGAGUACGACGACGACGACAUGGAUGCUGCCUCUUCCAGUGGCGGAUCUCCAGAGGGGGCGUGUUCCCCCCACGACCCCCUGGACGCUAACCCCCGCAUCCAGGCCGCGGUGUCGAAGGUGCUGCAGAGCUAUGACUGGUCAUUGGUGGCCAAGACAUCGAGGCAGGGGGGUGCAGGUGGUGACAAGAGGAAGCCGCACGUCAAGAGGCCUAUGAACGCGUUCAUGGUUUGGGCGCAGGCUGCGCGCCGAAAACUGGCCGACCAGUAUCCUCACCUGCAUAACGCCGAGCUCAGCAAGACUCUCGGGAAACUAUGGAGGGUCCUAGGUGAUGAUGAAAAAAAGCCUUUUAUGGAAGAGGCGGAACGUCUUCGCUGCAAACACAAAAAAGACUAUCCCGAUUACAAAUACCAACCCAGACGGCGGAAACCACCGAAAAGCUCUUCAGCUUUCGUGUCAGAGGGAAAACAAUCCAAUGCCGACCACCUGAGCACUGCUUCGGCGCCAGAACCUUGCCAGCAGGAACCUUUGCAACAUGAAAAACACUUUGGUACGGGAACAUUGUACGUGGGGGCGGGGCGGAUGUCGGCAACGCCCCCAACGCCGCCCACCACGCCCCAACAUGGUGGGGGCACGAGGUUCAACUCUACUCAACUCAGAGAAGAUCCACAACAUGUAGCCCACAGUAUAGCUGAACUCGCUGGCAGAGGUCACGAUCACAACGGAAAUGCCGGAGGUCUCCCUUCACCAGGCUCUACUGGACCCACCGCCGUCAUCACCACUGCACCGCACUCCCGAAACGGUCCUUGCAAGUAUGCGACUGCAACAGUGCUCGAACCCGCCGCACCUGCGCAGAACGGACCUUCUUUAGGUACCGGCCCCGCUGCGGACCCUUACAUGCACUUCGGCCUUACUGGCACGCCACACCACCAGUACGCCCACCUUCAGGCCCCGCCCCCUCCAGGCCCUCCUCCCUCCUGGAACCGCUUCACAGAACAAUUCCACACGCAAAGGUGUGGGGGCGGCGCCAGAGAGCACGACCACCCCCUUUUGGGGGACAUGGACAAGACUGUUGGUGGGGCCUCCGCGAAUCAGUUGCCACAGCACCACCAGCUGGACCUGUACAGGGGCAAUUAUGCCGGUGAGUUCCAUAAUCCUCGAAGGGUGAUGCCUCAAUCGGCAGGUGGUUUUUUAGACGGAACGUCUGCGGAAGGGUUCGGUCACUGUACCCCAACGAAAUCAUCUUUCGGUCCUGUGUUGGGCAUGCAAAGUUGUCCAGUCUUCGGUCACAUGGUGCCAGUGUCACAAGACCAGGGUAUGUUCGGAUCCGGGGCUGAGAGCAGAGUGAUGUCGGACUCAGGGGCUGGAUCUUGUGCUUACAAUCCCGGACAUUCUCUCGGACACUUCUUGCAGCCCAAGUGAGGUCAAUUACGCCCAAAUAUUGCCUGGCCAACAAUUCAUUACUCCAAAAACUGAUGAGCUUGACCCGCAAUGUUGGUGCUUUUUCUAGAUAAGACAAUCAUGAGUAAAGCGAUUAGUUAAAACUAUUGCCGAAUGUCAAACAAAGUUGACAAUAAAAACAUUUAUGAAAACAUGACAUCAUGUAUAUUUCUUAAAAAUUCUUGAAAAAAUUGACAAAAUUCGAUUGUUUUUGGAAUUAAAAAAACGCCUUAUAACAGAGAGUCAUACAAUGAGAAAGAGUAACAACCUCGAUUUUUUUCAUUUUUUGAGGGCAUAGCAUUAACAAGUUGUACCAUAAGGUUUCAAUCAAAGAUUAAACUUUCUAAAACUUUGAUUGUUAGCACAGGUUGACGUAAUGAAUCGAUUCAGUUGUACUUCUGUCUUGACCUGGUUUAGAAAUUCUAUUUGGACAUCUUCUAUCGCAGCAGAAUGCCUCACUACAGCCCUAUUUGUUAUAAGAAAGAUCAUAUUCUUUAUUUCAGCUAGUGCCUCAUCUAAUUGGCUCGUUUUCUUACAGUGCAUAAAAAUUUGCGAGUGAAAUGGGAUUACGUAUAAAGUUUCGGAUGAGCUAUCUCUUCAUUCUUUAACUAGCUACUUAGUAAGAAAAAAGAACAUGUUUGAAAUAUCAUGAGUGCUUACAGUUCCUGAUGAAAAUCACUUGAUUUAACUUUGCUUACUAGUGAAAUUGCUGAUAAAAAUCCCAAACAUAUCGUAAUUUUUGGUUUGUAAAGUCCUUUGAUUGAAAAACUUGUAAAAUCUUCUCACCAAGUUGAAUCUCACAGAAUUAUUGGAGCUAUAAAUGGCAGACUAGGCUGAUACUUUAACUUUUUUCCAGGAGUGUAACUCAAUCAUUAAUGAGUUCAAAGUGGUAUUUUGCCAUCAGUUUCGUUGAAAAUGUUUUACUUUUGCAAAUGAAACAAGCACCACGAGUGAUAUAUAUCGAAAUUAUCAACAUGAUAUUAAAAAUGGCACGUGCUUGUUCCGCUCAUGCCGACGAGGAAUGUGAUUUUGAAUUGACGUGACAAUCUAAUUACAGUGAGUUGGUGACUUUACGCCUUUUGUCAACUAUAUGAAUUCUCAACAUCGCUUUUUUAUAUUUUUCUGUUCGUGAGAUUAAAAACCAGCAUAACUAAUUUCGUUUGUUCAUUCAUAUGUGCUGUAAUUUGGAGACUGCAAGUAA